AUGACCGCCAACAACCCGUUCCUCCACAUCAAUGUCGAAGAACUUGUCUCUAAACUCUCUCAAGAAGAGAAAAUCCGUCUACUAGGGGCACCUAACUGGUGGAAUACGAACAAAAUUGAUAGACUCGGUGUGCCGAGCGUACGUAUGAGCGAUGGCCCAAAUGGAGUUCGCGGAUCAUCUCACUUUUUGAGCUCUCCGGCGCAAUGCAUUCCUUGUGCAACUGCGCUGGGAUCGACUUUUGAUCCUGAACUCAUCCAUGAGGUAGGAUCCUUCCUUGCCGUGGAAGCCAAAUCCAAGUCGGCCACAGUCCUUCUCGCGCCGACGUGCAACAUCCAACGCUCGCCUCUUGGUGGUCGCUCAUUCGAAUCUUUCUCAGAAGAUCCACACCUUUCUGGACACCUCGCGGCCGCAUAUGUUUCUGGGCUGCAAGACAACGGCGUGGCAGCAACCAUCAAGCACUAUGUAGCUAACGAUCAAGAACAUGAACGCAUGGCAGUAGAUACUAUCCUCUCAGAGCGUGCUCUAAGAGAGAUCUACUUGAUGCCCUUCAUGAUUGCGCAGAGGGAUGCUGGACCAUGGGCGUAUAUGACUGCAUAUAACCGAGUUCACGGUACCCAUGUAAGCGAGUGCAAACGAUUACUCGAUGAAGUUUUGCGCAAAGAGUGGGGCUUUAACGGUUUGGUCAUGAGCGAUUGGUAUGGAACCUAUAGCGUUGACAUUGCUCUUAAUGCCGGUCUCGACCUCGAAAUGCCUGGCCCUCCGAGAUGGAGACAGCCUGCGCUCGUCAAUCACGCUUUGACAUCCCGGAAGCUUUUACCAUCCACGCUUGAUUUGCGCGCCAAAACCGUUCUCGAUUUUGUCCAAAAGCUUGCUAAGACUAGCCCAGAUGUUGUCUUUGGCGACGGAGAAGAACGUACUCGGGACGAUCCGAAGGAUCGUGAAUUUAACCGGAAGCUAGCAGGCAGAGCUAUCGUUUUGUUGAAAAAUCAAGAACAAGUCCUGCCACUCAAAAAGAAGAACGUACUAGUUGUCGGGCCAAAUGCCCAGGCCAGGGUAAUCUCCGGAGGAGGUUCGGCAUUCUUGAAGCCGAGCUAUGUGAUCACGCCUUGGGAUGGCAUCAUAGCUGCUAAGCCCAAGGAUGUAGACGUCAAGUUCGAGGUCGGAUGCUAUGCCCACAAAUUCCUUCCAACCCUUGAAAACCUACUUAAGACUCCCGACGGGGAAGCCGGCUGGGAAGCUCGAUUCUACACACACGACGAAAAUCAACAGCCGAAGGAUGAGGUUGCCAAGGUUGACUUCUUCAUGGACCAUCAAACUCAAGGGAACCUGAAAGUAGACAAGACCGCUCCUUUUGAGUUUGGCUUGACUGUCGCAGGGAGAGCGAAGCUGUGGGUGAAUGGAAAGAUGACGAUCGACAACUGGACUCACCAGCGACCUGGAGAAUUCUUCUAUGGACAAGGAAGCGCGGAGGAAAAAGCCGUAGUGGAUCUCAAGGCGGGUGAACCUGUGGAUAUUUACGUCGAAUACGACAAUUUGUCGCCUGCUCCUAAGGGCGUUCAAAUGCAACCUGCACUUAUGCGCGGUGUGCGCCUUGGUGGUGCCGAGAAGAUCGAUCCCGAAGAGGCACUCAAAACCGCAGCGAAGGCCGCAGCUGAGGUGGAUGCUGUGAUUGCUGUAGUUGGACUAAACCACGAAUGGGAGAGCGAGGGCUUUGACCGCCCGACAUUAUCGUUGCCUGGACGUCAAGAUGAGCUCAUAAAAGCAGUUGCAAAGGCGAAUAAAAAUACCGUAGUAGUGGUCCAAGCCGGAUCCGCCGUAAGCAUGCCUUGGGCAGAUGAUGUCACUGGCAUACUCCAGGGAUGGUAUCUCGGGAACGAAGCAGGCAACGCGAUUGCCGAUGUACUAUUUGGCAAAGUCAACCCAUCUGGCCGGCUUCCUAUCAGUUUGCCCAAGCGAGAAGAGGACAUUCCGGCUCACCUUAGUUUCGGAAGCGAAAUGGGCAAAGUGCACUACCGAGAGGAUGUAUUUGUGGGAUACAAGUACUACCAGGCGCGUAAAGUGGCGCCGCUAUUCCCAUUCGGAUAUGGCUUGUCAUAUACAACUUUCGAGUUGUCGGAUCUCAAGGUUGAGGGACCGAGUUCCCAUGACAGCAACCUGGAGGUCAGCGCGAGUAUCACAGUGAAGAACACUGGAUCAGUAAAAGGGAGCGAGACCGUCCAGCUAUACGUUUCAAGACCUAUUGGCCCCAUUACUCACCCUAAGCUGGAGCUACGAGCCUUCGGCAAAGCAGCUGACUUGGAACCGGGGGCCAGCACCACUGUCAAGUUAUCAUUCGGCAAGUAUGGUGUGUCGUUCUGGCACGAGGAAGACGAUACAUGGAGAGCAGACGCUGGUGAAUACAGCGUACUUGUGGGGACGUCCUCGGUCGAUUUGCCACUAUCUGCUUCGUUUAAGCUGAAACAGACCUUUUCGUGGAGGGGCCUGUAG